CAAUAAUCAGUUUUAUGAAUCUUUAAACUAAAAGUAAGAGAAUAUAAUGGAAAUCAAGAAGUAAGUAAAGAAAAUAACUAAUGUAUUGAGGAAUAUUUAAGAUCAUAAAUUUAGUAAGGAUGACUAUUCUCAUGAAACAUAUGAUAAGGAAAGAGCGGAUCUGAUCAAGAGGAUGAAAGAUAACAAUGGGACCACAUAUUUCAUAAAAUUUUUAGUACUACUUACAAGCAUAGAUGUAAAAUUUAUUCAAUCGGGAUCAAAUGGAUUAAGUUUAUUAGUGGCAAUGAAGGUUGAUAUAAGAAACCAAUCCUUUGAGAAUAUCAGAAUAAAGAAUACAUCUUUAAUUGGAGGUAAUUUUGUAAGAUGUAACUUGAGUGAAUCAGAAUUUGAUAAUGUAGAUAUUAGUGGAUUGAAUUUGAAUGGUGCUUAACUAUUCAAUUGUAAAUGGAAGAACAUAAAAGUCCAUGAAUUGAAUAAACUGGAUGGUCAUAAUGGACCUGUUUCAUCAGUUUGUUUCUCUCCUGAUGGAAAAACUAUUGCAUCAGCUGGUGGUAGUAUUUUUGGAGAUGGUGAUCGUACUAUCCGUCUAUGGGAUGUCAAAACAGGAUAAUAAAAAGCUAAAUUAGAUGGUCAGAGUGGAACUGUCUUAUCAGUCUGUUUCUCUCCUGAUGGAAAUACAUUAGCUUCUGGUAGUUAUGAUGAGUCUAUCCGUCUAUGGGAUGUCAAAACAGGAUAAUAAAAAGCCAAAUUAGAUGGUCAUAGUAAUUGUAUCAACUCAGUCUGUUUCUCUCCUGAUGGAAAUACAUUAGCUUCUAGUAGUAGUGAUUAGUCUAUCCGUCUAUGGGAUGUUGAAACUAAGAAAAAAAUAGCCAAAUUAGAUGGUCAUACUAACUAUGUUAUUUCAGUCUGUUUCUCUCCUGAUGGAAAUACAUUAGCUUCUGGUAGUGCUGAUAAGUCUAUCCGUCUAUGGGAUGUUAAAACAGGAUAAUAAAAAGCCAAAUUAGAUGGUCAUUAAUAUGCUGUCGUAUCAGUCUGUUUCUCUCCUGAUGGAAAUACAUUAGCUUCUGGUAAUAGUGAUAACUCUAUUCGUCUAUGGGAUGUCAAAACAGGAUAAUAAAAAGCCAAAUUAGAUGGUCAU